UUGUAUGUUCUUGCAUUUGUAUUGCUCGGUAGGGUUAAACUUUACAGUGAGUGUGGCAUCUCUUUCUCCACUGCUCCAAUCCUCCCAAAAUGGCUUCCUCCAAAUCCCUAAUUCGCGCUGGGGCUUCAAUGGCAACGCGCUUCCUCGGUCGGCCUUUCCACAAUACCCCGAUUCAUCUUCUUUCCCCGAAGCAUGAAUUGAUCGCGGCGCCGCCCAAAAUGCCCCCCCUUCUGUUUGUUCCCCAAUCUCAAAAAAUGGCGCCUUUCUACUCCCCGCCGCAGCCUCAGAACGAAGUUGAAUUUCUCAUAAACCUCAGCUCCGAAGGAUUCCUCUAUCCUUCUGGCUUGCCUUCUCUCCCCUUGUUGCUUCCCGAAGGAGACGAAUCAUCAUCAAGUGAGCCUAUGAUUUGUCACACAAAGAGGACAUACCAACCAAGUAACAUCAGGCGCAAAAGGGUUCAUGGAUUCUUCGCUAGGAAAUCCACCAAGGGUGGCCGAAGAGUCAUUUCCCUACGAGUUGCAAAGGGUCGGUAUAGAAUCACAGCAUGAUAAAAAAAUGGAUUCGGGACUGGCGAUUUUGGUGCUCAUUGAUGCGUUACUGUUUAGCUUACUUAUAAAAUGUAAUGGAGUUUCAGUUUUCCAAGUACCGAAUUUGAUCUGUGUAUGGGAUGAACAUGAAUUAUGUUAGUUUGAUAGAAGUAUUACUUUUUAUAAAGAAAAUUUUGAUUCAA